GACAAUAUUUGUCAUAAACAAACGAAAGUGUUACAGUACCUAAAAUCCAAAAUUUUUGCCAACUAAACAAGGCAUUUGUUUUUGAGAAUCUUCUGGCUCUUGAAUAGGACGGCCCGCAAAGAAAAAGCCCAUUCGCAGGACCACGCUUUCGGGCACUUGCCGUUCCUUUCCUAAUUCCUACAUGGCAGCUGCGGCCGCCGCCAUCCGCGCGGUCACCGCCGUAGCUGGCCUCUCGGCGGCAGCUCGUCAUGUGGCUUCUGGUCUCCGCCAAUCUGCUCGGCGUGGCUUCGUCGGCGACACCGCCGCCUUUACGCGGCGGCCGCUGCUGCCACACCACGCCACAUCGGGCGCACACAUCCUCCGGCGCGGCCUCGCUGUUGUCCCCGGCGAAGGCGAUGAUCACUCUGUCGGAGUCGGAGUCGAGGUCUCCCCGGUCGCCCCCGAUCCUUUUGACCCUUGCGACCCUGAAUCUCCUGACGAUCCGGAAACCUGCUUCGCAUACGACGACGUGGACCUGGAGUCGGAAGAAACCAUGUGGGCGAUGUACGAGCGGUGGUGCGUCUUCCACGGCGUGAAGCGCGACCGCGACGACAUGCUCCGGCGCUUCUCUCUUUUCAAGGACAGGGCGCGCAGCAUCCACGAGUUCAACAAGUCUGGUAAGCCUUGGACCCAGGGACUCAACAAAUUUGGUGAUCAGACGCCAGAGGAGCGCUCCAAAUUGUUUCCGCCACGUUUCUCGAGGCCUUCAAGUCAUCAAGCUUAAUUGAGCGAGGGAUACUAUUGACUCAUCAUCUGAUCAUCAUGGAUCGGCUGCUUCAGGUCCAGCCAGCUCGGCAUCCGUUAAGUAAUAAUGUUAUUAAUGUUUGUGUGGAUGAAAUGAAAUCCGUACGUGCAAUGCUUUGUAUGGAUGAACAAAAUGUCUACAAGAAUUUGUUUGAUUAUUUGGAUGAAUAAUUAUGUUCUCUGCAGAUUUUCCCAUUCAA